CUGGCUACGGAUCUGAGAUCAGCUAAUUUUGCGUGUAGUGGCCUAUUUAAAACUAGCACCGCUGCAGUAUAACUGACCUGAGAACGGAGGCUAGUCCGCAGAGUUUCUGUUCACUUCUCAUGCUUUACCAAAGCUGCAGCUGCUUCCUGGUUGUUGCAGCGGUUCUCUUCAGGUCCGAACAUGGCUCUGAGUGUGCUGUAUCACAGCCUGGGCUGCCGGCUGCUUCAUAGCAGAGUCUUACAGAGUCCGGCGAAGCUCACGCUCGGCGCUUUACCGAGACAGUCGGCCCUGAAACACACGCUGUCCCCGCAGAGAACUCACUCCUACCUGAUGAAUGUGAGUCAGCGGCACACCUGCAGAGCAACGCAAUGGAAGAAUCAACACAGCUUAAGAACAUUUUCCUCGAUGCCUCCUCCACCCUCAUCAGGAGAUAAGCCAAAGAAGUCUGGGCCUGUGACGUGGAAAUCGUUAGCAGUAACGUUUGCCAUUGGUGGUGCGCUGCUCGGAGGGAUGAAAUAUUUCAAGAAAGAAAAGGAAGAAAUGAUUGAAAAAGAGAGGAACAAGUCAAUAGGGAAGCCGGCACUGGGAGGCCCGUUCUCACUCAUCGACCACAACAACAAGCCCACCAAGAGUGAGGACUUCCUCGGCCAGUGGAUCCUCAUCUACUUCGGGUUCACUCACUGCCCCGACAUCUGCCCCGAUGAACUGGAGAAGAUGAUCGAAGUAGUGGAUGAAAUAGACAAAAUAAAAACGUUGCCAAACUUGACGCCGAUCCUCAUCACCAUCGACCCCGACAGGGACACACCCGAGGCCUUAGCUACAUAUGUGAAAGAGUUUUCCCCAAAGCUGAUUGGUCUGACGGGAACGACGGCUCAGAUCAAUGAAGUUUCCAGAGCGUACAGAGUGUACUUCAGUCAGGGGCCAAAGGAUGAAGACAACGACUACAUCGUCGAUCACACAAUCAUCAUGUACCUCGUGGGACCCGACGGAGAGUUCGUGGAUUAUUUCGGACAGAACAAAAGAAGUGUGGAGAUCACCAACUCGAUAGCGGCACACAUGAGGAGGUUCAAGAAGGGAAAAUGAGCAGCAGCCCAUUAAAGCGGACUCAUCCUCAGGCGUGUCUGUGCACCACUGCCGUCUUUGCUUGGCUUUUAUUUAUUGUGGAUACACUACUCCAUAAAGAUACAUAUCUGCAGUGACACUCGGAGGUGUGCAGUAUGCCUGAUAUUUGCAUUUUACUUUCUAUGAUUCUGUGAUCAUUUUGCAUAACUGAGGAAUAAAAAACAAACCCCACACACA